AUGGAGGAGCCAUCCCAGCCGGUGGAUGUAGAGCAGUUGCUGGAAGCAGCUUCCGACUUCGGACAUUACCCUGGUAGACGGGUUUCCGAUCGUUGUUGGUGACCCUUUCCGCGCCAUUGGAAGGGUUCUGGUUGAUCGGUUUCGUUGUUUACCAUGGCAGGUGCUCACAGCGAUGAGUUCGUGAAGGAAUUCCUUGAUCGCUAUCCCCUGCAUGUCCUGUUUAGGUAUACGUUCUCCUCCGUUGUCGUCGUCGUUUGCUUUUCUUAUUUUAUUUUCUCCGCGCCCCGCAUUUGAUGUCUCCCUUGCUUUGAAAUGAAUCAGACUAGAUGAAUGUAAUGCGCAAAUAGAUGGUCUAGAUCACAUAUUGCCUCAAGAAAAAUGCAAGCUCUGGUUGGGUUGGAUUGGCAAAUGACUCGUUCUUUGACUUGACGGAGGGUCAGCUUGAGAGCAGCUAACCCAACUAGUUCAAAAGAAAACUUGGUUGAAACAUAUGCCGAUAUUUGGUAGAUGUGACUAGUUUGAAGGUCGGCUGCUUAAAUAGGCACUUCUACCUGCACCGUUCACCUUUUUAUUUGACAAUGUCUAUGACUAGACGUUGUUGUUUGUUUUGGAAAUAUCUGUUGCUGAUCUUUUUUUUCUUUACAUUUGUGCAAUUUUUGUUUCUUUUUAUGCAACCAUUCCAUCUGAUGCCUCCUGACUACUUUUUUCAUCCAUCUUAUCUUUGCAUGUUGGUCAAGAGUGUGCUUAAUUUUUCAUGGUGUGCCCUAUUUUUUUAAAGUAUAUUACAGAACGUUGGAGAACCUGGGACGGAAGAUACAUUGGUUUCUUGCUUAGAGAGCAUAUUCAGGACAAAUUUCGGUGCCUCUCUAAUUCGAAAUUACGUGGUAUGUACGCCAAGUUGCAUUUGGUUCUUCUUGGAUAUUUCCUCAGUGUUUGUGCCUUUCGUAAACUGAUUUUUGUAUCAUUAACCACUGCAAACUGGAUACAUACUAGUUUACUUCAAAUAUCUCCGAACAUUGCCAGUUAGUUACGAGAAAAUUAUCUUAAAAUCCAUUUUUUUUCUUCCUUCUUUCUGUUUUUUUAUAUGAAACCUUCACCAUUUCCAUUCCAUAGGCCUAUGAUGCGUUGUUUGCAGGUUCAGCCAAUUCCUUUGGAUUGGAAUCAAUAGCAACCGAUUACACAAUUAGGUGUUUGCAGGCCUGUUCCCUUUUUCCUUCGGAAUUUUCGCCCUAAUUUAGCCUAUAUGGCUGCAUAUAUUGGAAUCAAAUUCCUAUUUGAUCACCUGAAGGAAUAUUCAAUUUCUUGCUAUUAGCUACUUAUUAAACAAACCUGUACUUUGGCCUGGCUAUUUUAACUACAUGAUUCCAUCUUGAUUGCCCUGCUACAUGUUGCAUUCGCACGUUUUUUAUCUUCUGCUUCUUGUCUAUCAUACGCUGUGCUCGAAAGCACCUAAGAUCAUGUUUCAGCUCCUAAGAUCAUUUCUUCAUGUUAAUUGUGGGUAACUGCUGCCAGGGGACUGCCUUGUGGGUGAGGGGAUGGAUGUAGUUGCUGUCAAAGACGGAGGCUUGAGUUCGUAUGUGGGAAGUGCAGAGAGGCGCCAAGGUUUUUGAUGCCUGAGGGAAGAGAGCUCCUCAGUAAAAAUUAAUCCUUGGAAACCAUUACCGGGGUGGGGGUAAUCCUUUUGGAAUUUAACUUUUUUGGCCAAAGUACCAUGACCAUAUUUGGCCAAGGUGUUUGAUGCCUGAGGGGGGAGAGCUCCUAAUUAAAAAUAAAAAGGGGAGGUUGCGUUGCCUGGGGGAUGGAAGAAUAUGUGCGGCAAUGAGCUCUGAAAACCAUCUUAGACAUUAACAAUAAACACCCAUAUUAUUCAGACUUUGAUUCCGAAGCUCCCAAAAUAGUAGAAUCACACAAUUUUUCAUUACACAAUACUCUAACCGACUCCUUUAUCAUCCCAAAUAUCCCAGCUUUCGAUUGUUUUUUUUUUUUUGUCCAUUUUAAAUGGUGUAUAAAGUCAUUCAAGGAAUAACCACUCCAUAUCUUCUCUCUAGGUAUUGGAAAGUUCCAGCCGUUGCAUGUUGUAAUGGAGAACGUUUAACAGAGCUUGUGCGAGUGGUUACAAUUAAGAAGUAAAUGACACAUUCUUGUCCUCUUCAAAAAUUCUGCAUGAAAUGUUUGUAGUGUUCAAAUGUCAGUGUAGGUGAUCGUGUAAGAUCCUAAAUUUCAAAGGGGAUAUAACCCUUCAAGAUUGACAUCACAACUUAUGCUUGAUUCCUCCAUCUGCAAAAGGUUGUCGAGAUGAUCUAACUGUGAACCUGCCUUCUGACUCGCAUUACUACAUCCAUGAGUGCAACAUCGACCUUUGUGGCAGUUUUAAACAAGUAAAUCAAAGAGAUCUUCAAAACGUUAAAUUUCAUCAUUUAAAUAUUUUCUUCUGGAUCUUCAAUACAAAAACCUACCAACCACAGGAUGAACAAAUGGCCCAAUUUCUGUGGUGUCAGGACCUUCAGCUGUUUAGAAGAAAUAGCUGAAGUAGUUCAUUAAGAGAAAAACUCCUACAGCAUUUGUCCUUCUAAAAUAGUGUCCUUUGACAGUUGCCCAGACAAAUCUGGCUACUUACCAACUCAUUCUCAAUGUUGACUAAGCUAUUUUCUAAUGGUACUUUCACCGUGGAUAUCUUCAGACUAUACUUUCAUUUGCAUUCACUGUUCAGUGUUGUCUUUAGUGUUCAAUCCAGAUACUUUUUAUAAUAUUCUGAAGAAAAGCUACCUCUUUUUCAUUUUAUGUGACUGAACGCAUUUUAUGAGUUGAACAUUAUUUUUUGUAGAGGUGAUAUCUGACACAGUUAGUAACCUUUAGAUGGUUGAGACACAGAAGAAAUACUGGUCUGGCAUUUAAUUAGUCAUAAUUCUUAGCUUUCAUGUACUUUGAAGAUUCAUGUAUUUGAAAUCUGAGACAUAAUUUUAAUGGAAGGGGAACAAAGCACACUACUUGCCCUGAUUGUGUAUUGUAUCAUUGAACCAAGCUUACUCCAAUUGUGAUUUUGUAACGUUUUCGUGUUUCAUUUCCUUGUUUAAUUCAGCCGUAUGUGCGAGCUGGACUGCUGGCUAAUUCUGAGAUGGUCAAUUGCUUAGCAUGCAGAGCUGUACGUAGAACUAACUUAUAAUCAUCAAUGCAAAGAAAUUGCUUUCAUGAUUCUGAGCGGACUGAUUAGAGAGUUGGUUCUUAUGUAAAAUUAUGCUGCCAUUUUCUGCUAGAAAUCCUGAAAGGUGGAAAUGUUUAUUUUAUGAAUUGUUUCCUGUUUGGUGUUAAUUUCUUUAUCAUUAUAACCGGUCAGUAUCUGCUUAAUGAUAGGAAUCUUUUGAGUGUGAGACUAUUUUUUUGACGGUGAAUUCAUGCGGCAUAUCCACAUUUUGGAUGGGUGAGAUGAUGAGGUUUGAAUCAUAAUUUUGAUAUAUCACAUAUCCAUAUUUUGGCAUGAAAUUCGUAUAUGCUUCGUGGUGGGAACUUAUGUUCUUUUUGUUGGUAGGUAUCAUACGUUUUCCUUUUAGCUGUUAAACUUUUAGGAGGAAUUUGAACUCUCCCUGGAAGUUCAAAACUUUUUGGAGCAGCGGUGCGUAUAAUUUUGUCACUAAAAUACACAUGGACGUGUGAUGUCACGUUUGCAUCCAAAGAAAAGAGAGAAGAGAGAAGAAUGAUCAAAUUGCAACUGUUAUAAUAAGAAACCCUCCUGUGUUCCCAGUUGAACGCAAGCAUGCGUCUGUUUCGUGGCCGUGUGAAACUCAGCCUUUAAGGGUGAUUUAACCAUCCAACCAUUCUUAAUUCUGUACCUAUAAUUUCUAGACAGUCUGCGAGGAUACCUUAUCGAUAACACUUGGGAAAAAACUUCCAAUUGAUUGCCCCAAGUCGAAUCCUUACUCCACCAUAUCAUACAUUUACCGUUUGUGUUUUCCUGAGUUAAAUUCUUUUUUUUACUUCCUAAAUUGUAAUAAUUCUCAUGAUUGGAUUCAUCAUCGAACAACUGUUUGUAUUGUCUUCUUCUUCCAAGCUUAGUUAUGGCUUGAAAGCAUGUGAUAUCUCGUGAUAUGUGAUCUUCUAAUAUAACUCUCUUUAAUAUCUUAAGUACACUUAGAUGUGCAAGAGAGCUGUUAUCUAGGCAUCCAUUGGAACCACAACCUAUUAUAACCCCUAAACACUAAUAUCUGGGAUUGCCCUUUUUUCUUCAAUAUGGUGUAGUUUGGCUUUUUGAAAUCAUAUUUGCUGAGAUGGCAUAGUUUUAUCAACAGGUCUAGUUCGUGAUAAAUAAAUUUAUUGCUCACUUUUGGUUUUCUCAAACGUUUUGUAUUUAAUAGGUAUCGAAUCUUCUGGAGAAAGCUGAUGAGGAUCUUGAAACAGCUGUGCAGCUUAUCGUUGAACAUGAUAUAUACCCUCUCCUGAUGAAAUGCUUGCUUGAUGGGUAUGGAAAUCUUAUAUCUUUGAAAUUUUAGCUCAUCUUUGAGAUUAACAUCUUGUUGCUCGCUCUGUUUUUUUAUGAUUUUCCAUUUAUGACCCAUAUUGGGAACUAAAAUUUUCCAGUGGUCAAUUGACUUGUCUGCCAUAACACUUAAAGGCUGAUCAUGAGAUUUGACUCUUCAUUUCACCAUCUGUAUGCAUUUGUGCUCAUCUUUUUGUUGUUGCUCCUGCUUUCGGUUACGGAUCAUACUUUGAAAUAUCACUGUCUUUCUGCUCUCUUUCCUGCUUGGUUUAUUUUUGUUUAUUUGACGGUGUAUUUUAUGCUACCUGGCUUACUAAUGCAAGAACGAAUAUCUCAAUUGUCAAUAAACAGCUAGACAUCAAAUGUCUACAUUUGAAAAUUCUCGUUAGAUGCUAGACAUCAACUGUCUAGAUUUUAGAUUCCUAAUCCAUUGCCGCUUUCUUCAAUAUUACCACUUUUAUUUAUUUGAAAAUUAAAAUUCCCAUUUAUAAUGGUGUAAGGUUUGCUUUUAUGUACUUGAUUCCUCUGCACUUGAGUAUGCUUCCACAUUACUUAUGGGAGAUUAUUCUUUUAUAUUUUAGAUGAUAGAUUAAUAAGUUAUUGCAGCUGUUUUCAAGGCUAUUUUUUAAUUUACUGGAAAACUGAAGGUCCUGUUUCCUGUCUAUAUCAAUCUAGAUAGAAUAAGGUUAGCUUUUAUUUUCUCGACCGUUAUGCAUUUGCAAAAAUUUCGUCACAUUGCCUACAGAGGAUUAUUCUUUUAUUUUAUUGUUGAUUCACAGUACUCCAAGAUGUCAUUUUCCAAAUGAUGUUGAUUCAUUCUAUUUGUUGGAUCAUUGCAAUAUAUAUGUAUAUAUAAUGUUUCAAAAAAUAUUUCCACUUAAACACCAGCGAUAAUGCAACUUAUCCACCACUAAAAUACUGUUAAUUUAAUAUGGAGACAUCACAGUUAUCCUUGUGCUGCAGUCACUCUUUUUCACCCAUUUUUCCUCGUUUAUGUGGUAGUGAAUAUAGAUGUGUCAAAGUUAUUUAUUUAGAAACCUAGUUUUGUGUACAUUUCCAUACGUUCUUCCAGAGUGUCCAAGAAAUUAUUUAUGAUUUUUUCUAAUUCUUUUACUGGCCAUAUUAUAUUUGUCUCUAUUAACCACUCUUUAUUUUGAUAUUUAGCAAUGAAUUAGUUGCUGCUGCUUCAUUGGAUGCCAUCAAGAAUCUUGCAAAGUCACCGAAGGGGAUUGUAAGAAUUUUAUCUAAGAUUAUGUUCACAAUUAGUUCCUCUGGAGACCACUCCCCAAAAUUACUGGUUUUCGUGCAGAAUCUCAUUUUCCCACCAAAUAUCAAUGAGGUGACACACCUAAAAAGUACAGCAGCUCGAUGUUCAUCACUGGUAUAAUUCUGAGUCUUUUGAAUUUCACAUUAGACAUUCUUGUGAUAGUUGUUGCAAUAGUCUUGGUUUUUGUAAAAGGAAGUAACGUGGUGUUCUUUCAUAGAAUUGGAUCUACUACUUAUGCAGUUACAAUUCUCAUUCUUGAUAACUACUAAUUUUCGUUUCUCUAUUUAAAAAAAAAAAUCGAGGAUGAAUAUUAGGAAUACGAGUUGAAUUGAUUUCCUCUGUUAAUUAUAUUAAAAUUCAUGACUGAAAGAUUUAUGGUAGGAUAUGCUUCUGCUUAUUUUUGUGAGGUGGCAAGGAUUUUCUUUUUGAUGAUAUAUCCUAGUUGCUAACCAACUUUGGUUUUGUGUAGAGAUCUAUCAUUGCUAUUGAGUAUUGAAAUAAAAUGAUAAAAGAUGCUUGAAAAGUUGAUUUGACUCUGUUCUUGACCUUGGCCUCUGGAGAGCGUCAAUGACAUUCUUGCCACUGAUUCAAAAUUUUGAGGUCAAGAAUGUGUUCCUUUCCAAAUCCCUUGUUCUAUGAAUAUGCUCAUUAGCUAAAUGCUUACUCAGAUGUUUCCGGAGGAUGUCUAGCCCAGAUAUUUAGAACUGAACAAAAUUAAUAUGUAUAUGCAUUUACAUUUGUGAAGUCCUGUAUGCCAAUCCAUGGUCUCAUAAAAAGUCUUCUCUCUUUUUUAAAACAUUAUAUUGUGUCCUAAAUAUUAGUAAACCUGUUUAGUGUAUAUAUUGAUGAAUACUGUCUCCGAUGAUUUUUUUCCCCUCUCGAGGAAAAUGCCCUUGAUAAACAAAAUUCAAAUAAUUCCUACUAAAUUUUAAUUAGGUUUAUUCCUGUUCUUGUGACUCCUACUAUUGUUUUUUGAAAUGCGUUUUUCAUGAUCGUUCUGUCCCCUAUCACGUGCGGUAUCAUUUUCCUGAUAUGUCUUGUCGACUUCAUAUUUUUGUUCCAGGCACGAGUUCGGAUUUUGUCUCUUGUGGCAAAACUCUUUUCUCUUUCUGACUCUGUUGCUUCGGUAAUUUACAACUCAGACCUUCUGACCUUAUUUGAGGUAGAAAUCAGUAAGACAAACGACAUGCUUACGACCCUGAGUGCAUUGGAACUCUUGUAUGAGGUAAUUACUUACGUAUUUGCAUGGUAUAAUUGUGAUAUUUCUUUAGUAGCGGGUAAAUCACGGAUUUAUUGCUUAUCGACUAAUAUUUAUGUUAUUCUAUCUAUAAACACGUUGUCUACCUGGUGAAUAAUAUUUCAAAGGGGCAACAUGGGAAACAUGAGAAAUGAUGAUGAUCAAACUCUAUCCAAUUUAGGUGCUGUUUACUGAUGGUACGUAGGAAAAGGUUUUUCAUCAUUUCUAUUUAAUUUAAUGCAAAUUUGAUACAAAAUUUGAAGAGGAAAUCUUUAGACUUCAUACUACUUGCUAGAUGAAUGGAUUACCUGUUAAAAAGCCAAUCUUCCUUGGAUUUCUUUUGGGAACUUAAGGCAUGAACUAAGCCAUACUUUUACCUGAAAGACCUAAACCAGAAUUGCUAGACUUUAAGGAGCGCAAUAAUUUGGUGUAGCCUAUCUAAGCCAAUGUACAUAGAAGACCACAUUCACUUCUUUAAUACUAAUCUUGUGUUCCUUAAACUAGUCUCUCGUUACAUAGAGAAUAAAUUCAGAUCCACCAUACAUCGGAAAAAGAACAUUUUUUCUCCCUGUUUCCAUGCUUUUUUUUCUUUUCUUUCACGGAAGGUUCCUUCCCAAUAUGCUACUGGCAUCUACGCAUGACUUGUCACUCAUGUCUAUGCUUUUGUAAAUCAGGUGUCUAAGUGUCUUAGUAACAACUAUAUUCGUGCGUCUGUGUUGUCACGGUAGUAAUGGUAACAUUGUCCACUGUAAAUGGAAUCUUUGAAGGCUAACUAGUCUAGAGAAAAGUCAUUCGCGGCGCAGCCAUUAAAUCUAUUGAUAUGAAUACAAAUCCCUGUUAUUUUGAGCUGGUACCCCACUUAGAUCUAUUAAUCUAUCAUUUAUACGCCUCAUCACAUUAAUUAAGGGCCAAAUUUGGUGGUCCUCGAGAACCUUUGGUUUUAAGAGGAUUUUGUUACUUUUUUUAACGGAAUAAAGUGGUGCUCAUUUUUAUUUUUCUUUGCUAAAUUAUGUUUCUAAUAACCAAAUGCAUAAAGUUGGCAGAAUCUCCUCAUAGUACAAAAUUCCUAUUAAAGACGACCUUGCUUCAGCUACUGGCUUCUAUGAUCAGGUUCUGCAGAAACUUGCUCCAUUUACCUAUAUUUGGCACUAAUCUUGAUGUUCUUAUCUGAGUGUGUUGUUAUCUUUUCUUCAGCAACUCCAAUGUAGACCCUGCUUUGCGAACAAGAGCAGUUCUGAUAACUGGAAGGCUUCUUUCACCAUCUGAAAAUUACACUCUGAUUGAUGAAUCAAGUAAGGAUUGUUGGUGACUUAAUAGUAAUUAUCCACCUAGCCUUUUUAGAGCUAUAUCUCUCAUGUUUAGUGUGAAAUAUGAUAUUUCCAUUUAUUUAAUGUUUCAUUUGAGAUACUAUCGUAUUGGAUUGUGGUCAUAUAUCAUUAGUAAACUUUGUGAAUCUUCCAUGUAAGCAGUAUGUGCCUAUUUAAUGACUUUAGGUGAGAAGUGAAUGCUUUAACAUGAGACCUAUCUCACUUUCAGUUAUUUACUGAACUACCUAUUCUACGCACUGUCAGACAUGCUUGUACAUGUAGAGCAGUUCCUCCUGAUUCCUUGUUUUGAUGCUGGAUUCUUUUCAUUCUCAUUCCAUUAUCUGUCUACUGAUCACAGUGUUAUGAUCCAAGUGUUACCGCCAAUCAUCUUGGUUUGUUUUAUGAUUUUUUUAAAUAACAGAGGCUUAUGCGUUAAUUUGGUACGUUUUUAAUCUGUAGAAGAGGAUUUAAGGAAAAUAUCCUAGUUUUCUGCCAAAGACCCAGUAAGAUCACGAAAAAUGAAACAACUUGGUGUAGGUAGGAAGAGAUUCUUUGAAUUGAUGAGGAAAUCACCUGGCAUACAUUUGUAAAUACAUGUAUGUAUACAGUAGAUAACAUGUGAGAUUUUUUUUCCUACCGUUUUUUUUCUUAUUCCCUCUGUAUCCGAUGAAUCUAUUCUAUUUUGUUAAGUGCAAAGCCAAUUGUAGCAUUGAUAUUUUGUAUCGUUUACCUCUUCAUUUAGUAAAACAAAAAGAAUCCAAAUGGUUUUGAUAUUUCGUUAGUUCCUCCAUUGUCUAUCAUUUUGAGUGAUAUCAUCUUUAUAACGAAUUUAUAUUUUUUUAGCGGUGGGAUCUCUAAAGAAUAGAUUACCAUGACAGCUGCCUAUUUCUCUAAUAGAAGAAUUCACCUUGUUGUUGGGAUCUAUUCUCCAGGUGUGAAAACUUCUCUUAUGGCCAUUGAUGAAAGACUCGAAUCACUAAAAGGUCAACAUACAGAUGAGUGUGAAAGUGCACUUGAAGCUUUGGGUGAGAUCGGAUCUUGUAAGUCAUUGUUUCCUUGUGGCCAGGUUGUGUUACAUUUCUUCUAGUACAGUGUCUUAUUUUCUGUACGUCUUAUGGUGUAAUUCUAGGGGCCAUGGCUGUUGCAUUGUGUUCAUUUAUAGGCCUUUUCUUGACUUCUGAACCUUCAUUACCUCAACUAAAACUUACGCACAAAAUCAACACGAGUUACUGCAAUAAUUAGGAUUUUAUUAUCAUGAAAGUCAACUGACUGGGUUUAGGGUACUUUCUUUUUCACCAGACUUGAAUUGAUGAGUAUUGUGAAUGACGGACACACUUUUACUCUUGCAAUACUUUCGUUCCUCCUCUCAUUGGUUCGAGCUAUUUUCCUUGUUGAAUGGCCACCAUAUCAUUUAAAUAAACCUUAUGGAGAUAGCAAUGAUCUUCUGGAAAUAAUCUAUUAUUUAUUGGACUAUCUUUUUUGAAUGAGUUGUACGCUUUUCUCACUAGUAAAGAUGUGCUCAUUGUUUCUUGCUUGAAUCUCCUCUUUCUUGGUGACCAUUUGUCAACAUGAUGGAGGUAGGUCGUGUGGUUUGUGCUGUUUAAAGCUGUGUUAGCUUGAGAUGCACAUGUAGAUGUUUUUUUCCUCAAGACUGUGAUCACACUUGCAAAGAAGCUGUCGUUUGCCUACAGGGAACUUGAUACAUAUUAUAUUAAACAUUUCUUCCACCUCCAUAAUACCGCUCUUUACUUCAACGUUCUAAUAUUAGUCCUCAUCUUCUAGCUAUGCAUGGAGCAGAACUGUUACUUACCAGUCCAGCCCCUGUGGCAAGACACGUUGUCGCUUCUGCUUUUGAUCAUCAUGGGAAAGGCAAGCAGAUGGUAAGUGGGUAUUUCCUUUUUUUUUUACUCGGACGUUAUUCUAGGUUCCUUCUAACUAACUAGCUUAAAGUAACCUGUGUAGAGACGACCAUAUUGGAUUUCUCUUUAUCAUAUUGGUCACUAGUCUAACUUUUUCUUUUUAAGCAUAUGAUUAGGAAUUUCUGUCAUGUCGCAUUACAUCUGUCCUCAGUGAACUCGCCUCCCUAUGCAUAUUUGUUGGAAUAUGCUGUAGAGAAUUUUUCAAGAUUAUAUGUUUCUUGUCCUUCCUGUAAAUUGUAUGCUUAUCACUGUCUUGGCUAUCAUCAGGCUUCGUUCAUGCACAUAUUUUUCAAAUCAAUGAUAUUCUGAAUUGAAAAAUCCACCGAUGAUUUCCAGGAACUAUCUUAUUGAUAUUCUCUUUAGCAAGCCCUUACACCUUGACGUUAAUUUCUUUUCUCAGGGUUCAUAGCUGGGGGAUUUUGAGGAUGGGAGAGGGAUUAUUCUAGUUCUCAAGCCCAUUUAUCUGUGGGCUUUUUUUGAAACAAAGUAGUGUCGAGUGCCGUCCAUGCAUGGGCUUUGAAUCAGUUAGGGUGUUUGUACAGUGCACAGAUUAGUUGAGUUUCAGAUCAGAAUACCCAUAAAUGUUUACACAAAUGUCCAGAAGUGAGGCAAUUGGAAAUGUUACCUGAAACUGAUUUUUGGACGUUAUCUUGGAAGGUCAAUAGUAUUGACUUGUAUUCUAGAAGAUGGCCAAUUGACACAACCUUUGAUUUUAUGGAUGAUAAAUGAUUUUGUUGACCUAAAACCUAACCCAACCUGUACAAUCCCUUUGUCUUUCUAUGAUUAUGUGGUUGUUCGUGAAGAAACAAAUGCGUAACUAAUCAGCUCAAGCCUAGCUUCGAGAUAAUCAGAAGGCUGGAUACACAUAUAAUAUUAAAUGCGAGGUUUGAAACAUGAUGCAUGACUUGAUGCCCGUUGAGCUCUUCUUUUUCUUCUUCAGUUUUGAAAAGCUGCAUCGAAGAAAUGGAUUUCGAAUUGGUUCUCAUCUUAUGAAACGCUGCCAAGAUUGACAGCAGAACAUACAUGCAUUAUUUAAAUGGAAGUAAAUUUUAUUCUGCUGAAUAUCCCUCCAUAUGGCACUAUCCUCUUUUCGGAAAAAAAAUGCAGCUAAUAUACGUUUUUUUCCCUUUUUAGGAUUUCACUUUUGAAAUAUGAGACAAUCCGUUCUGCCACAAGCUCUGUUUCAUUCUGAUAUGUGAGUUUCUUUGUCUACUACGAUGCUUAGGCUGCAUUACAUGCACUUGCAAGUAUAUGUGGAGUUGACCGAUCAGAUGACAAAAAGCUUCUUACUAACGAAGCUGAGGACUGUCUCAGACGCUUGACCUACGAGAUGGCAGCCAACAGUUCCAAGCCCACGCCCUCUGUUAGUUCUCUAUCUUCUAUUCAGAAGCUGAUUUAUAUCACAUUUCUUGGAACAUAAUUCUUCCCCCCCAGAAAUAAUAAUAAUAAUAAUAAUAAUAAUAAUAAUAAUAAUAAUAAUAAUAAUAAUAAUAAUAAUGUAAUUGAAGGAAAUAUUCAUUUUUGCUACCCAAAAAUCUCUUGUUUGUUUAAAUAUUUUAUUAUUUGUUGGCGACUGGUCAUUUACUUAUGCAGGCAUUUCAGAAGCUCACAACCUCUGAUACUUUUCUAUUUACCUUAUCCAGAAGCUGUUGUUUAUUGCUAUGAACACACAUUUCUGCUUCUGCCCUCACAAAAAAAGAAGAUAAAAAUGGAAAAUAAUAUAUAAUUGAAGGAAACAUUCAUUUUCGCCCCCAAUUUCUUUCUCUUUCGAAUCAUUUAAUACCAGUUUUUUCUUCUUUAGGGCAUUUGGAAUAUAUCCACCGGUUUUUUCCCUCAAAGUUUGACUUUUUUCUCAGGGUCUACUACUCUCACUACUGCGGCAGGAACCAGAAAUGCGACUGGCUGUAAGCACCCUCUUGAUUCUGUUAUAUGCCUGAUUACGACAUUAUCUUAUCCUGCCAUGAGAUGAUCAUAUGUGACAGUCAUCAUUCUCUCUCUCCCAUUUUUCUCCCCUUUAACCUGAUUGGCUGAUGGAAUCUAAUGGCGGAGUUCAUGCGGGAUCUCAUCCGCGGUGGCGCAAAUGGCGCUAUUUCAGGCUUACCGAUUGAUUGCUGCGCUGGUGGCUCGUCCGUGGUCCCUCCUCGACGUCUGUUCUAAGAUGGACAUCAUCAACAUAGUGACAGAUCCUCACACCGAGACGACCAAAAAUGGUAUGCUCCUGCGCCGCCUCCCCCAAAGAAACUGUGAUCUUAGCGCCGCCCUCUAUAGAGUCUCACUGAAUCUUUACAAAAACCCUAGCGGAGCUUCUUACCCACCCACGGGAGAAACCCAUCUUCUUCUGUUCUUCCGCCCAGGCAGAGCUUCUUACUUGACUUGAAAAAAAAACAGAUCCCAUCUUCUUCUGUUCGUCAUCUCUCAAGAAUCUUCAUCUUUUCUCUGGUUCUUUCAGUCGAGAAUAGACGGGGGGGUAAUCUUUCAGUUUCCCUUCUAGGCAUGGACGCCCGUCAUCUCUGUUGCACCGCCAUAAGCAAGUCCUUGGCCGGCUCCAACAGGCUCAGCGACCCCACCCUUGCCGCCAUCGCCGAGAAGGUACGCACUCGCACCUCGCCAGCUAUGGCGGCUCCCUUUGCUACUUGUGGGAAAAGAGAGUGACGGUGGAGUUGUCUUGUAUAGCUGCAGGAAGCCGUCAGACGAGGCCCCUACUUGGCCAAGAGGCAUGUGGAGGCCAAGCCCAUCGUCGUCACCGCCGAGAGGUUCUGA